AUGGAUACCUCACCUCUAACAGCCGCCCACGAUCUCGUCGCCGCCGCAGAUCGGUUAACAUUGAAGAACGACUACAUCAAAGCCGCCGAAAAACACACCGAAGCAGCAGAUAAGUUCGCGGUCGCGAGCAAGAGUUUCACGGAUCCAGAAGCGCUGAGGACGUUGGGGUUGUUGAGUGAGUCACAUCGGCGGCUCGCAGCGGAUGUUGUGGUACGGAGCAAGGCUCCGAAGGGUCCGCCCCUUGUGCCGAGGGGUUCGCAAUCUCAAGGACAAGCACAACCGUCGUCAACAGCAUCGGCUCCGUCACCGGCUCCGCCAGCGGGGCCUUCGAAUUCGAUUGCCAGGACGUUAGCUGCAGCACGAGGAGCACCAGUCUCUCCGCUCCAUCCACCCCCCCGUGCCGCCCAACCCGCCAUCGAUCCUUCAGCCUCGAAUCUCACACCCGCAGCCACCUUCGAUGGCAGCUUCGUCGACCCCACUGAUCUCACCACCCCCACCGAGGCAACAAGUGGACAAGACGCCUUCGAGAGAUUCUGGACAGUAGUAGAAUCCAUGUCCCAAACGCUCGGCAAUGGGCCUUUAGCAUUCACCACCGCACCCCUCGACGGUAUCCCCACCGGCGGCGUCGAUGUGAGCGCUGAAUCAUUCUACGUAGUCCCCGGCACCAACACCCCACGAGUCGAAAAAGGGAAAAGGACGGUGGAAGAGUAUGCGGAAGAGAAUGUGCAACUCAAACACGUGCUAGAUACCUUAGCCAAGAAGUUGGGGGCGUAUGAGAGGGGAGCGGGUGAACAACAACAAGUAUUGAAGAGCUCUAUUCUCGCACUCAAAGCCGCGAUGCCCAUGCCGUCUGCUUCGACGAUGGGCAGCACGGCUUCGCUCGUGUCUCAUGUGUCGAUAUCGCAGCCAGGGAGGCGACAUACCACAGACACAGUCGAUGGAGGACAGGGGAGGACUGCGAGUGCGAGGGAGGCGGCGUUGGAGGAGGAAGUGAAGAAGUUGAAGGAGGAAUUGGAGAGGCAGAGGGUGUUGAGGGAGAAGUAUGAGAGGAGGUGGGAUCGAUUGAAGGAGGGGGCGAGGAAGAAGGUUAAGGAGAGGGGAGGGGAGAAGUGA